UGAUCAUUCAUUCAAAGACCACCUUGUUUAAAUCCCGUCGGCUUCCCGCUGCUAGCGCAGUGUUAGUGAACCAAGUGAAGCGCUGGUGCUUGCCUCUACUGUACUCUACUGUACCCUCGAAACUAGGUGAAAUUUUCUAGGCCAAUCGUGCCUCCCGUGCAGAGCCAACUCUAAAUCCGAUUCGCCUACCGCCUACGGCGUUAUCUAUCGGCGUCAUCAUCUCUAUCGUCGCCAUCAUCACCUGUGUUUCCUCCCCGUUCGCGUCAUCCCCCAUCGUCUACUUUCUCUCUAUCUAUCUAUCUUACUCAUCUCCGCCUCGAGCAUCUCAACCUGCCACUGCUUCUGCCACCUUGGCUGCCCUGUUUUUCUGCCCUCUUGUCGAUGGCCAUUUUUACUGCCCCUAGAUCCCUUCAAAAUGCCUACUCGCCUGAAUUCAUGACCCAGUCCCAAAUGGGCGUCAUGAAUAGCGCCCCCCACUCGAGCCAUCCAUCCUUCCUUCACCUCGUCCUCUUGGUCUUCGAAGCUGUCCUCGAGGUUGUUUGCGUGAGUCUUCCGGGCUACAUUGCCGCCAAACAAGGUCUGUUCGAUGCGGAAGCCCAGAAGCUAGUAGCAAACCUCAACGUCACUCUAUUCACCCCCUGUCUGAUCUUCACCAAACUUGGGUCCCAGCUCACCGCAGAGAAGCUUACCGACCUGGCCAUCAUCCCGGCCAUUUUCGUUGUCCAGACUUUUGUCUCUUAUUCAUGUGCCUUUGUUGUGUCACGAUGCCUCCGCCUCAAGAAACGACCCGCCAACUUCAUAGCCGCCAUGGCGGUUUUCGGAAAUUCAAAUUCGCUGCCCAUCUCCCUCGUUAUGUCCCUUUCACAGACCCUGAAGGGUCUUCACUGGAGUCGCGUACCGAACGAUAACGAUGACGAAGUGGCCGCACGUGGCAUCCUAUAUCUGCUUAUCUUCCAGCAGUUGGGUCAGCUUGUGCGGUGGAGUUGGGGCUACCAUGUGCUCCUCGCUCCUCGCGAUCGAUACCUUGAAGAGGGGGAGGAUCAGAAUGUCACUCGCAUUGGACAGGGCCAGGAGCGAUACACGGACAACCCGGAUCAAACCGAUCCGGAUGAGCCACUGGUGCGGACUAGAAGCUUCGACGAACGGACCCAGUCGUCUGGAGAUUCGGAGCAUGACUCAGAUGAGUUUGCCUCUGGUCAAGAAACCCCUGUGACGGCAAGGGAAUAUACCUAUGCAAAGCUGUCGCCCCGUAGCGGAGAGGGGGAUCUCGACCACCCAGCCCUGCUUGAUGCGCCCCCUGCGCCGUUUAUUCCCCGACAAAGCUCCACUGGCGAUAUGCUGUCUUUCCCCGAUGUCCAAGAACGCUACGGGAAGAAGGGCUUCAUCCCGCGCGUCAAGGCUUCCGCUCGUCGGUUCGGUAGUCGCAUUGCGAGCGGAUGGCAGAGAGGAACGGGGGCCGUAUUCCAACGAUUGCCGUCUUGCGUCCAGUCAGCACUGACAGUCUGCUCGCGCUGGAUCAGGAGGUUUUUCCAUGGGCUGUGGGAGUUCAUGAACCCGCCCCUAUGGGCCAUGCUUGUCUCGAUUGUGGUGGCUUCAGUACCGUCUCUGCAGAGCCUAUUCUUCGACGAAGGUACCUUUGUGCGCAAUUCCGUGACUCGUGCCAUCAGCCAGAACGGCCAGGUUGCGGUUCCGUUGAUUCUUGUCGUGCUGGGAGCCAACCUGGAGCGCAACACCCUCCCAAAGGAGGCGCUUGAAGAUGUCGAGCAUCCCAAGGAAGAGAAAAAGCUAAUCGUAGCUUCUCUGGUGGCCCGCAUGGUCCUUCCCACUAUCAUCAUGGCCCCGAUCCUUGCCUUACUGGCGAAGUACGUGCCGGUCAGCAUUUUGGAUGACCCGAUUUUCAUCAUCGUCUGUUUCCUGCUCACUGGAGCCCCAUCGGCACUCCAGCUGGCACAGAUCUGCCAGAUCAACAAUGUCUACGUCAGCGCCAUGUCGAAGCUCUUAUUCCAGAGCUAUGUGGUGUGGAUUCUCCCAUCAACCCUUGUCCUCGUUAUGUGUGCAUUGGAGGUUGUCGAAUGGGCCUCUGCCUCCUAAAAUUCGAUUUGCAUCGGUUCCUUGCAUAUUUUCUUUAUUUUUAUCGGUGUCCGGCGUUUCGCGUGCCCUCUUUCAUCUCCUCAUUGUAUUAUUGACAGCAGUCUCAAUUAGGAUGGAUGGGAAGAUACCAGAUUGGAACGACCUAAAUGGUUGUGCCCGAUAUGUGAGCUUAGCAAUCAACGAUUUCAAGAUACCUAGCACAUAC